AUGCAGUACUUCCUGUCCCUGAACAACGACUCUGGCAAACUCUGCGAGGCAUUCAAGCGAGACCUCUUCCCCACCGAAGUGCCGAUCACAGCCGAAGAGAGGGAUUUUCCUCUCGGUUUUAUCCUCACUGUCUACAAAAACAUCAAUCAGGUGGCGCGUCUGCUACGUCUCAUAUAUCGGCCACAAAACUUCUACGUCAUUCACGUAGAUAGAAAGUCACCACAGGAGUUCUAUGACGCAGUCCAAGAAAUCGCAAAAUGCUUCGGUGCCAAUGUUGGUGUAGUUCCUCGAAAUGAUAGUGUCAGUGUCAUCUGGGGAGACUACACGGUCUUAGAGCAGGAACUCGUUGCCGCGCGAAUCCUCCUGCAAAUGGGGAAGUGGAAGUAUUUCAUAAAUCUGACAGGCCAAGAAUUGCCUCUGAAGACAAACUUGGAAUUGGUCCUGGCACUGAAAAUGCUAAAUGGCUCCAACAUCGUUGAGGCCACAUUAAAACAUCGUUUCAAGUUCCGAAUACCCAGACAUAGACCAUCAUUCCCAGUAAGUAAUGUGGUCUAUUAAAUGAGGCUAUUUCAUGACAUCUUUAAUUAAACUGUGUCCUAUGAUACAACCUUCAUCAAAUUUGAUAGGCGCAUUUGACGUGAAGUGCAAGCGAAUCAAUUUGUUUCCCACUCAGCUUUUGUUGUUGUCCCUUCUAUGUUCAUUGUAAACCACAGAAUGCGCGUACACAGAAGGGAGAACGUUUGCGACCUUGACGCGGUGAACAAAAAUAGCAGGCGUUAUUAAAGUCCAUCGCUGUCUGUCAUGUCCCCGCAUGCAACGUUCCAGUAAGCGAUUACGUACGUGUCGUAGAGAAGGAUGCGAACGCCAUUGCAGUGUCAGCGUCCUUUUGGAGAUACUUUGAUAGAUCAGAGCAGAACAACAGCUGGUGACUCCUCCACGAGCCUAUAAUUAAGGACAACUAGCGCUGAGACAACUAACCCAUCUAGUUAGAUAUCAGUGCGUAUUGUAAGAUUGUGCUUCAAUUUAUGUCAAGACCGGUAAGUCUGAUUCGAAAGCUUCCGUACUUCCUCCCAUAUGUAUAUGUUCGCACUACUCUUAUCAUCUCUCCACGGAGGGGGUAAGUGGAGUUGACAUCUUGUGGGCGAGUUCUUCUUCUCUUAAGCUGUUGCCUGGCGGAAGGGUGAAUUUGAGGCAGAGAAUCCUGCAUGCUGUCAACUUAAACCUCCAAUUUUAUUUGCUCACCUUGAAUGCAAAUUGUGUGUUACGUAGCGCAUGCAGAUUCUUUGAGGCCUCCUGGUGUUCCUAGACAGGGGCUGUGCAUGUGGGUCACGAUGUAAUAUUUGAUGCGGAUAGUUUACUCCGAAAAAGACCUAUAUUUAUUAGAUUCCAGGGGAUCACUUCGCUGCAGAAGUAGUGCAGUAUGUGAACUGCCAGUGAAUCCUUUCAAUUUUCUAGUUAUUUUUUCGUCAAGAAACGAAAAAACCAACAUUGCAAUAUCGUCUAAAUGAUCCUUUACACUUUGAAUUAUGGUCUGAUUAUCGGUGUCGGCAAAGAGAGCAAAUUCAACGAAAUUCUAGACGGCAGUGCGUCCAUGAUGGUUUAACUAAUGAUCACCGAGGCGUCAAUUAAAUAAUACUGUACAUUUUAAGUCUUAAGCAAACUAUCGAUUUAUCGUUAAUGAGUUUCGGUGGACUGUAAAUUUCAAUAAAAUAAUAGAUAGCAGAGCGUCAACGAAUAGUCGCAACGUUAGUCAGAGUUAAGGCAUGCCUUUAAGUUAAAUGCAUGUCCGUCUGCUCACACAGGACGACAUCUUCUGCGGAAGUCAGUAAGCGUUUCUAUUUUUGUAAUUUAUUGGCACAGGCGAAAGACAGUCUGAUGUACACAGACAGUUUGCUUGUGGGUUUGAAGACAAACUAAGCCUAACGCCAGUCAGAAUUAUUAAAUAAAGGAGUCACUAACAAUACCCAUGUAGGAUAUCAUCUAUGCCUAAAGUUGUACGAAGGGCAGAAUCUUGUAAUGCGGCCUGAUAUCAGUAUAAAUGGGCAGAUUAUCUCAGAAGGUGAUACGAUUGCUGAAAAAAGAGCUCUGGUUCCCCGACGAUUCGGAGUUGGGGAUAAGUGUCCUGCCCAGAAAACUACUCCGUACACCUACCAACCGUCUCUUAUUAUUCUCCCCCUAUAUCACAUCCCCAACCCAUAUAAAGCGAUGAGCUCGGCCCGUCACCUCUAAUCACCCCCAUGCUUCAAUUAAAUCGGUGAUCGUUUAGUCACAGAUCUCCUUCGGAGACUUGCGUGACGCUUCCCCUAGCCAACUCCUCACCGAUUUAUCGACUCUGCCUUGAAAUUUCACAUCUCCACCCGGAAACUUUUCAACAGUCUAGGAGUACAAGGAAAUAGCCUCGUACAGACAAGAAAGACCCCAUGAACUUGCUGCAUGCAUGUUGUGUGACACACAGUAUGCAGAAAAAACCACACGUGGGAACAAAAAGGCUGACUGCUGAAUGCGUUUUCGGCGUCAAAGCACUUGCAAUGCAUGAAUCCUCCGUUUUGUGAAUCUCCGUCGAUUGGUUGUAAGGAAAAUGAUCCCGCAACAAGCCAAACUCACCGUGCUGAUGAUAAAAAGGAAAAGUGCAUGCACUACUUCGCCUCCUCCCGUGGGGCAGACUUAAUCGAUCUGACAAGGCAGAGCAGGACACGAGAACGCCUCCCAGCGUGAAGAAGAAAGCGCGAAACCGAGAAAUAAAACAUCAUCGUUGAGUCUGGAUAUUGCGUGCACUGAAGCAAAAACUUCUGGGUGAUUUACAUGAUUAUACAGUAGGAGGGCCAACUCAUGAAAUAUCAACCGAAUUUCUAAAAUGCGUUUUCGUUUCGAAAAGAUUAAUUAAGUAGUGUUGUAAAAAUAGCCAUCAUGCAGCAUACUUAUAUCGUAAUUCAGUUACCACUGGAUGUCGGCUUUCGAAUGAACUUCCUUCCGGCUGCAUGCAGAAACUACACUCUGUAAAAAACGGCCACUUAUGUAGCAGGAAUUUUUCUCCUUGAUUUUCGAUGCCCCAAACCUAUUGAUUCUUUUGCUCGUUUGGUAGAUAAUUACGUUAUCUUCUAAUUUGAUACUCGAAGGAGGGACAAAAUUCGAUUUUCAAAAGUUUUCCAAAUCCCGAAUAAUUUUGAACCCGCUCUGCCUUCACACUUUGAUUCAGGGUUUCCAAACUACAAGCCGUAUAUUUUCCGCGUACAGAAAACCACACAUUUCUUUACGGUAAUAAAAGGGGACUAUAGAGAGUUCAUAAAAUUAAGCAGUGGAUUUGAUGCAUAUUGCUAAUUUUACUAGCCACACUGGUAAAUGCAGAGAUGCGUCGAUUUAUAAACGGCCAUUUCACGGUAUUUAACAGUCCCACAAUUGGAAACUUUUUUAAAACCGAAUUAUGUCCUUCUGCUCAGUAUAGAAUUAGAAGAAGACGUAAUUUUCUACCGAGUGAGGAAAAGAAUGGAUAUUUUUAUGCAUGUUUUCCAUGAAAUAUAAUUGGACAUUUGGGAGCAUCGAAAAUCAAUGAUAAAAAUUCAUGCUACUUAAGUAGUCGUUCUUGCAAUGUGCAGUUUUUGCAUGAAGUCGGAAGGAAGUUCAUUCGAAAGCCGACAUCCAGUGGUAACUGAAUUACGCUAUUAGUAUGCUGCAUGAUAACUGGUUUUACAACCCUACUUAAUUAAUCUUUUCGAAACGAAAACGCAUUUCAAAAUUUCUGUUGACAGUUUCAUGAGUUAGCCCACCUACUGUAAACUAAUAGCGCGAUGUCUACCUGCAACAGAAGUGGACUGAACAAGUCGUUCUCGUGUGCGCAGAGGUACUUCACGGAGGUCCCGUAGUUGUUAUGACAGAAAGUACGAGAGCCUGCUAGUCGUAUGCAGUUUGACAGAUGAGUAGAAUUUGGGGCAAUGCUGCCAAUGUUGCUUAAAGAAAGGGUAUUUUAAAAAGUUUCCAAUUAGGAGAUUUUUUAAGUCCGUGAAAUGCCCAUUCAUCCAACAUCGUGUCAUUGCAUUUAUUAAUGUCGCUUAUAUGUAAUUAACGGUAUGGCUCAAAUUCACUGCUAAAUUUUAUGAACCCGUUAUGGUUUCUUCUUAAUAACUUAUCGACAUGUUUGAUUUUCCAUACACGGAAAGUACACAGCCUGUAUUUUGGAAACCCUGAAUGUAAGUGCAACGGCGGAUGGGCAACGUUCUCGCGUUCUGCUUGGAUUAUGGUAGGAUUAUCGGUGUCGGCAAAGAGCGCGAAUUCAGUGAGAUGCUAGAAUCAACGAUGACUCUAUGGUGGUGAUGUUUGCUUUCUCGGUUUCGCGUUUCCUUACUCACGCUGGGAGCUUUCCUGUGUCCUGCUCCGCCUUGGCAGACCGAUUAAGUCUGCCCCCAGAGGAUGCAUUUUUCCCUUCUAUCCUCAGCACGGUGAGCUUGGCUUUCUGCGGGAUCACUUUCUUUACAACAAAUCGACAGAGAUUCACAAAACGGAGGAUUCAUGCAUUGCAAGUGCUGUGACGCCGAAAACGCAUUCAGCAGUCAGCCUUUUUGUUCCCACAUGUCGCUUUUUCUGCAUACUGUGUGUCACACAACAUGCAUGCAGCAAGUUCAUGGGGUCUUUCCUGUCUGUACGAGGCUGUUUCCUUGUACUCCUAGACUGUUGAAAUGUUUCCGGGUGGAAAUGUGAGAUUUCAAGGCAGAGUCGAUAAAUCGGUGAGGAGUUAGCUAGGGGAAGCGUCAGGCAAGUCUCCGAAGGAGAUCUGUGAAUAAAUUGUCGGUGGUUUAAUUGAAGCAUGGGGGUAAUUAGAGGCGACUGGCCGCGCUCGUUGCUUUAUAUGGGUUGGGGAUGUGAUAUAGGGGGGGGGGAUGAUUAGAAACGGUCGAUAAAUGCACAGAGAAGUUUUCUGGGCAGACAACGUAUCCAUAACGUCUGCGUGUAGGAUGGGUUGGUGGAGCACAAGACUGAAAUGCAAGAUACUGACAGGGCCCUUGAAACAGCCUUGCGAGGCCUUUACCUAGGUCUCCGAGCUGGAACUUUGAGACAGAGACAUUUAUUUGCGGUCCACCCUAUAACUUCUGCUGGUAUUUUUCGUCACUACAGAUGAAUCGGCACAUCGGCUAUCGGUAAGCAUGCUACGGACAUUUCCGCACUUAUUUCGAUUAAUUUCUUUCGAGCCGGUUUUGUUAGACCGAUAUGCCAUCCAAUGGACUGCAUUGAAGUUCUGCUUGUUAAGCUUUGAGCUUACUUACGGUAGACUUUCAAAUGCGGCCGUCAGGUCUUGUGCCUAGGAUGACUCCAUGGAUGAGACCUGGCGUUUCCGUAUCCGACGUGAGGCUACUCGAUAGAUGUGCCUAAUUUAGAGCGUACGGCGGCAUUUGCUCUCAUCUGUAAAAAUGUCAUUCGCAUAGCUGAUUAAUCUGGCAACUUAAUUAAAGUUUCUUUGGCCUGUCCAUAAAGAGAGUGUCUGAAAGUGAAUGCAGAGUCUGGCCCAUUAAAUCUUCGGCCAGUCGUCGAUAAAAGCCGUUGUCAAGGGAUCUGCAAGUUCAGUGAGAAUUUUGGCAAUAGCUCAUUAGGUUUAUUUAUCCCUAUAUCUAUUUCCUGCUGUUUUAUCGAUAAGAAUUCGUAGAGGUGACCGACUGACCGUCUCGUUUGUAAAAGUAGGUGAGCUGUCUAGGUAGAGGUCUAUGAUCUCGCCAACGAUUUCGACGGUAUCUCAAUCACCACAUGGUUCUAGUCGACACAGUAUUGGGGUUGGAGUUCUCCGCUAGUCAGUUCACAAUCGCACUUUCAGGGGGGUUCUCAUAACUUGAGUCGUCCUAGUUUAAAGGCCAUCCAUGUGAAUCUUUAAGGGAUGCGAAGGGUUGGAUGCGUCCGCGAAACCAGCUUUUUACGCAAUCACCUUCACUGAGUCUUCUUAGACAUUAGCUCAUUUGUGACUUGACUUCGUCUGUACAAUCUUUUCUGUUGUCAGCAUUCCCGAAUUCCUUCCGCCCCGGUCAUAUUGGUUGAACCUUUAUGACGUAGGCCAAUUUUUUCACUGUAACUAUGCUCGUUGUUUGUACGGCAGUUACUAAGGUGUCAUAUACAUAUAAUAGCGAGGAGAGACGAGAAAAAAUGCGGGUAGAUUGAUGCAGCACUGUUUCGGGCUUGUUUGCCUUCAUUCAGCCAAUCAUAACCCUGACCACCACCAGCUGGUACCGGAAACACAAAUAUGCGCACAGACACACCUGGCGCAGUUAGUUCACUACUGGGGUCUACCAGAUGGGUCAUAAGGACUUCAUCGAGUCGAAGUUCAUCAGUGCCUCGCCACCUGCUAUUCUCUGUCGCUGCAGAUAGAGUAUUUAUUCACUCAGGAAUGGGCUCACACCGAUCCAUUGGCUUCCCGAACCAAACAAGCUCCAUAUGGGUGGCAAGUGUCACGAACAGGCGAUCAGGUGUCAGGCCGAAGUCGGUCAAGUCAUAACAGCAGUGAGGAGGGACGAGAGAGAAUGCGGGUAAAUUGAUACAGUACUGUGUCAGGCCUAUUUUGCCUUGAUUCAGUCGAUAUAUAUAUAUAUAUAUAUAUAUGUACAAAGUGGAUAGGUGGAUAAAUCCGUGGUAAGUUGCGUCCUUCGUCACGCCUGUACAUUGAUCGAAAAUGGCUACUGCGCAUGUUCGCAGAUUGAAAAUAUUUUAUUGGAGGUAAUUAUCACGUUGAAUGCAAAUUUCGGUUCGGCUACAAUUUCUUUUCGUUAUACGAAGGCCCAUAGGUUUUUUUAAUGACUCUUUGGUCAUACUUUCAGGUGACAUGGCUCAAAAACUCAGUCCACGUCGUACUUUUGAGGGAAUUCGUUGAUUAUAUGCUGAAUGACAAGAGAGCGAUCGAACUUCAAGACACUUUAAUCAAGUACGCCUAUCACCGACAUCCGGAUGAACAAUUCUACGGAACUCUUGCCUUCAAUCCAGAACUUGGCGCUCCUGGGGCCUGUCUGGGAUUCUAUAAAGUAAAAGGAGUUGACAGAGAUAUUUUUCGAUAUCCUGGAGUAGUGCGCUAUAAAAUAUGGUCACCUAAUUCCUGUCCUACAAAGUACGUCCGCUGGAUAUGUAUCUUGGGAUCUCAGAAUCUGCCAGACCUGAUCAGAGCCCCCGAGCUGUUUGCCAACAAGUUCCACGAGGACUACUACCCCGAGGGUUACAGUUGUCUGGAGUACGCAAUCGCCAAUCGGAGCUACCACGGACCAGCUCAUCAUUUUGAUCCAUCAAUAUUUGCACGGCUUCACUGUUCUUUAAACCACGCAUGA